AUGGUUUCCGUCCCUGUCGCGGGUCUGUCCGCUGCAGGCGGAGGUGGUGGUUCGAGCGCCAACGUCAGCUCCCGAGGGUCGCCUGCCGUCGGCGCAAGCGCCGCCUCACGAUCCAAAACUCAGGUCAACUCGAAUGGCUACCAUCCUGCGAAUACCCCCAAGCCCCUCAGCUCCCUGACCAGUGCACCGCUCGACCUGAACUCGGUUGAGAGACGAGGGCAGCCCACAGCGAGUCGCGAAUCUGUGAAGCGAAAGAGUCGCCCCCACGGCCUCCAAGAGGCACCCACAUACCACCCAACUGAUGAGGAAUGGAAAGAGCCUAUGGAGUACAUGCGCAAGAUCACACCCGAAGCAUCCAAGUAUGGGAUCUGCAAGAUCGUUCCGCCAGAGUCGUGGAACCCGCCCUUUGCGAUUGACACACAGAAAUUCCACUUCAGGACGCGGAAGCAAGAACUAAACUCGGUCGAAGGCAGCACUCGAGCGAAUCUGAGCUAUCUCGAUGCUCUCGCAAAGUUUCACAAGCAGCAGGGCAACAACCUGAACCGAUUGCCAUAUGUCGACAAGAAGCCACUUGACCUGUAUCGCCUGAAGAAGGCGGUCGAAGCUCGGGGUGGGUUCGACAAGGUGUGCAAAUUGAAGAAGUGGGCAGAGAUUGGGCGGGACCUGGGCUACAGCGGCAAGAUCAUGUCUUCGCUCUCGACAUCGCUCAAGAACUCGUAUCAGCGAUGGCUCUGUCCCUAUGAGGAAUACCUCCGGAUCGCCAAACCCGGAGUCCAUCAACAGCUCGAGCUCGAGUAUGGCGGUCCGCUGACACCCAGCCCAGCGCCAAGCCCCAUGAAACGAUCCAAUGUCAACACGCCUUCCAGCCUUCGAGCAGAUACCCCAGCCCGACAUGCUACUGAUGCUCUACAAGCCAGCAUGAAUGGCCACGCCAAAGAGGGUGAGAGAGAUACUCCGAUGGCAGAUGCUGCUCCUGCCGCCAGCCAGCCAACACCUUCUGGAUUCACUGCCAUCAACUCUGGCGGUUUCACGGCUGUAAACUCUGGUUUCACAAGCGUCAACCGUCAAGCAUCUGCUGAGACGAGAAGCUUCACCCCUCCGAAGCAGAACGGGAGCCCAUUCCCGUCUGCCAAAAACACGCCGGAGUAUCGCCCGUCAGGUCUUGGUCCUGCCAAUGCGUUGAAGCGGCAAUUGAGCAGCGACAGUGUCGACACUAAGAAGGAAAACGGAGCCGAAAAGGACGAUGUCGAGAAUGGCAGCCGACGGAGCAAGCGACUGAAGAAAGAAAACGUCCCUACUGUGGCCGGGUCUCACAUGUCGCUCUUCCGCCCUUCUGUUCCACGGAUACCGGGUGAUGAGAAUGCAGCUCUUGGAGAGAAAUGUGAACAAUGUGGCCGUGGUGAGAACGGCGGCCCGCUUCUCGUUUGCGAGUCCUGUGAUCAUGCCUAUCACGGGGUGUGUCUCGACCCACCGCUCAAGGUGAAGCCCGAGUCCGAAUGGAACUGUCCUCGAUGCCUAGUUGGUGACGGACAAUACGGGUUUGAAGAAGGCGGCCUCUACUCGCUCAAGCAGUUUCAGGAGAAAGCCAAUGACUUCAAGCAGGGGUAUUUUGAGAACAAGAUGCCUUUCGACCCGGUACUCAACUGCCACCGGCCUGUCACUGAAGACGAUGUUGAGCACGAAUUCUGGAGGCUGGUUGCAAGUAUCGAAGAGACUGUCGAGGUCGAGUAUGGCGCCGACAUUCACUGCACCACCCACGGCUCAGGCUUUCCGACCGUCGAGAAGAACCCCGAUGACCCCUACUCUACAGAUCCGUGGAACCUGAACCUACUACCUCUUCACCCAGAGAGCCUUUUCAGGCAUAUCAAAUCUGACAUAUCGGGCAUGACCGUACCCUGGGUGUACGUGGGCAUGAUCUUCUCGACAUUUUGCUGGCACAACGAGGAUCACUAUUCGUAUUCAGCCAACUACCAGCAUUUUGGAGCAACCAAGACCUGGUACGGUAUCCCUGGUGAGGAUGCCGAAAAGUUCGAGAACGCUAUGCGAGAGGCUGUGCCAGAGUUGUUUGAAACACAGCCAGACCUGUUGUUCCAACUUGUCACCCUCCUCCCCCCGGAGCAGCUCAAGAAGGCCGGCGUCAGAGUCUACGCCGUCGACCAACGUGCAGGCCAGCUCGUCAUCACGUUUCCCCAAGCAUACCAUGCUGGUUUCAACCACGGCUUCAAUUUCAAUGAGGCUGUGAAUUUUGCUCCGUGCGACUGGGAGCCGUUUGGCCUGGCCGGUGUGGAGAGGCUGCAGCAGUUUCGAAGACAGCCUUGCUUCUCUCACGAUGAACUCCUAUGGACCGCGGCCGAAGGUAUCACAAGCGGCGGGUUGACAAUACAGACCGCAAAAUGGUUGGCGCCGGCCUUGGAGCGGAUCCAUACCCGGGAGAUCGGUCAGCGUGAAGAUUUCAUUACGAAGCACCUGGAAUCGUCCAAGCACACUUGUGCGUUGAGAGAUGGUGACCAGGGGUCUUCAUGUCCCUUGACUUUCAAGGUGGAAGAUGAAGAUGUAGCCGAAGAAGAGUAUCAGUGUGCUUACUGCAAGGCGUAUACAUACCUCUCACGGUUCAAAUGCGUCUCGUCUGGAAAGGUAUUGUGCCUUCAACACGCGGGCUCGCAUGCAUGCUGCGAUGCGCCCGAGGCGGCGCGGUUCCUUGGAGAUCAGCAUGUCCUCGUCUACCGCAAGGCCAACGACGCCAUCGACGCUGCUCAUAGACGAGUAGCUGACAAGGCACAUUUGCCCCAGGCGUGGGAAGACAAGUACGAGAAGAUGCUUGACGAAGAUGCCGCCCCUUCGCUGAAGGCCCUUCGAAACCUGCUCAACGAAGGCGAACGUAUUCCAUACGAUCUGCCUUCCCUGCUGGUAUUGAAGGACUUCGUCGAGCGCUGUAACCACUGGGUUGAGGAAGCGACCAACUACACAGUCCGGAAGCAGCAGAAUCGGCGGAAGAACGAGAAGGCCUGGCAGUCAGGUUCACGCAAGUCAAUUGGGAGUUCCGCUCAGGAGCAGAAGGAGCGAGAGAUGCGAAACGUGUUGAAUAUCUACCGCCUAUUAGAUGAAGCUGAGCAGCUCGGCUUCGACUGCCCCGAGAUACUCCAAUUGCAGGAGCGCGCAGAGGCAAUCAAGGUCUUCCAGCGGCAUGCAAAGGAGGCUCUGGACAAGGUCUCGUCGCAGACGGUCGAAACCAUUGAAGAAUUGCUUGACGAGGGCCACAGUUUCAAUGUUGAUAUACCCGAGGUCGACGGGCUCUCGCGAAUCCUCGACCAGUUGCGCUGGAACGAGAAGGCUGCGGCUGGCAGAGGUGUCGUGAUGAGCCUGGACGAAGUCAAGGCUCUCAUCGAGGAGGGCCAGCGCCUCAGCAUUCCUGGCUACAACGAUCACUAUGCUUACUAUGUCGAGCAGUGCGCAGCGGGCACGCAAUGGGAGCAGAAGGCCAGGGAACUCAUGACUGCUGAGACAGUUCACUAUCAGCAGCUCGAAACCCUUUCCCACCAGGCUGCUGUAAACGCGUUGCCCAUUUCGCAGGAAACCCUCGCGGCCGUCGACCAGAUCUUGCACAAGCAAAGGGAGGCUCAUCGUCAGAUAAUCGACCUCAACAACCGCUCACACGGCCCUGACUACAGCAACAGGCCCAAGUACACCGAAGUCCUCGAGGUCAUGAAGAAGAUUGAGGAUCUGCAGUCCAAACCGGCGGGUACGCUCGACCUCGAGAGAGAGCAGAAACGCCACGAGGACUGGAUGCGUAAGGGCAAGAAGCUCUUCGGCAAAACCAACGCCCCACUCCACAUCCUCAAAAGCCACAUGGACUAUGUGCUUGAUCGGAAUCUGGAUUGCUUCGACAUUGUCAAUGACAAGCCGCGCAUGCCCGCCGAGCCAGCGUCCCGCGAACCGUCCCCUGAGGGGGAUGGCGACGGUGACGGUGAAGGCGACGGCGACGGCGACGGAAAGCUGGCGCGUUGGGAUGAUCCGAAAUUCAGGGAAGUCUUCUGUAUUUGUCGGCGCACCGAAGCUGGCAUGAUGAUUGAGUGCGAACUGUGCCACGAGUGGUACCAUGGAAAAUGCCUCAAGAUCGCGCGGGGCAAGGUGAAAGAGGACGACAAGUACACCUGUCCAAUCUGCGACUGGCGGGUCAAGAUCCCUCGCGAUGCCGCGCGACCCAAUCUUGAAGACCUUAUCCAAUGGUAUGAGGAGAUACCCGGUCUCCCGUUCCAACCUGAGGAGGAGGAGGUUCUCAAGAAAAUUAUCGACAACGCGCAGGACUUUCGGCAUCACAUCGCGAGAUUUUGCAACCCUCUCCUGUCGACCGCCAACGAGGCAGAGACGCAACGCUUCUACCUGCGGAAAAUCGAGGGCGCAGAGAUCCUCCUAUCGAUGGAGACCAACUUCUUUCGGCAGGAGCUGCACAAGUGGAGCCCAGUGGCGCCGGAACCGCCGCCGUUGAUUGAGAGCUCCAAGAGCACGCGCAAGCCGAGACCGACGAAACUGCAGAAGCUUCUCACUCAAUACGGAGUGGAAGAUCCGGACGACCUGCCCGAAUCUAUCAAGGGCAAAGCGAACAGCUUGAAACGCAAGGCUAUGAACGCCGAGGCCGCUGCCGAAGCAGCGGCCUCGGCGCGGCCUGCUGGGGCCCUGCCAGGUGCGAGUCCAUACGGCAGCGGGAGCGGCCAUUUCUUUGGAAGAGCGUCUUCUUCCCAGCCCCAGACCCCCGGCCAGUCGAUGACCGGCAACAUGCACGGCCACCACCCUCGGGGGCCAGACUCUGCGUCAUCAACACAUAGCCAUGCGAACGGCCCGCGAGCUGGGUCGGCAUCGAUGAUCAAGCCUGAUGCCAUGGAUAUUGACAGCCGCCACGCCAUCCACCCAUUGUUCAUGCCGGAUGGUAUGAGGAUUGGACCACAGCUCAUUGGCAAUCCGUCCAUGUCUCUAGAGGACCGCAUCCUGGACGGCCACAUUGAUGAUGUCAACAUGUCGACAGAGGCAGACCGAGCCAAGGUCUUCGAGAUCCUGUCUCGAACUGAGGACGGCCGGCGCCAGGCUGAAAAGCUCUUCGGUCGAGAGGCAGGCCUCGCCGCAAGCGGAAGCCAUACCCAGCAACAGGAUGACAACGACGAUGACGUUAAGCAGAUGUUCACCGAUCUCGUCAACACAGACGAGGACGAGGACGAUGGUCGCGACAGCAAAAAGAGCAGAGACGGCUCAGUGCUCAAGGGAGAGCGGCAAAAGGACACGAGCCACCAGGUCACGACGGAGGACCUGGAGAGCGAGAGGAACGGCAUGGAUGCACUUCUUGACCGAGAUUGA